AAGUGAUGCUUCUACGCCGGAUUGCUGCUCUGCGCCAUAGCUCUAGGGGCGCGCGCUAUCGGAUAGGGGAGGAGGGGCGGCACGGGACACCCCCCCCCCGUGGGAAAGCGAAUCGGGAGCGAGGACAAAGAGGAAGUGUCAGAGUGACUGACAGGCUGAGAUACAAUCCAUCAGCAUCCGAUGACAGCCAUUGCAUGAAUCUUUCCAGUCAAAGGACCCAUUUUCAUGAUAGACAGUGCCUGUAGCUGGAGGCAUGCAGGCCAAAUACUGCCAGUAUUAGACCAGGACUUCCUCUCAGCCCACUCUGAAGAAGGUGAUGGAGAAGACAGUCAGAAUUCCGGGAGACAGGACACCUUUCGUUUCACUAGGAAUAGUCACUAAAAUGUGUGAAAUGUGGAAUAUGCUUCACUGAAUGAGAACACAUAGUUCACAUCAACAAACCCAAACAGGGGAGAAACUAUUUAAAGGUAUGGAGAGUGGGAAAAGUUUCACUGAUAGUGGAAAACUUAGAACACAUGGGCGGACUCACAUGGGCAAGAAAAAAUUGAAAUGCAGGGAGUGUGGGAAGAGCUUUAGUGAUAGUGGAAGCCUCAGAAAACAUCAACGGACUCACACAGGGGAGAAACCAUUCAAAUGCAUGGAGUGUGGAAAGAGCUUCAGUCAGAAUGGAAACCUUAAAUUACACGAACGGACUCACACAGGUGAAAAACCAUACGAAUGUAUGGAAUGUGGAAAGAGUUUCAAUCAGAGUGGAAGCCUUAAAUCACAUGAACGGACUCACAUGGGUGAAAAACCAUAUGAAUGCAAGGAGUGUGGAAAGAGCUUCAAGCAGAGUGGAUACCUGAAAUUACACGAACGGACUCACACGGGUGAAAAACCAUAUGAAUGUAUGGAGUGUGGGAAGAACUUCAGUCAGAGGGCACACCUUAAAUCACACGAAAAGACUCACAAAGGGGACAAACCUUUUAAAUGUAUGGAGUGUGGAAAGAGCUUCCAUCGAAGUGAUACACUCAGAACACAUCAACGGAUUCACACAGGGGAGAAACUAUUUACAUGUAGGGAGUGUGGGAAGAGCUUCAGUCAGAUUGGAAACCUCAACAAACAUCAACAGACACAUUCAGGGGAGAAACCAUUUAAAUGUAUGGAGUGUGGAAAGAGCUUCAGUCAGGGUUCAAGUCUUAGUUUACAUCAGCGAACUCACACAGGGGAGAAACCAUUUAAAUGUAUGGAGUGUGGGAAGUGCUUCCGUUUCAGUGCAAGCCUUACAUCACAUCGACGGACUCACACAGGAGAGAAACCAUUUAAAUGUAUGGAGUGUGGGAAGUGCUUCCGUUUCAGUGCAGGCCUUAGAACACACCAACGGACUCACACAGGAGAGAAACCAUUUAAAUGUAUGGAGUGUGGAAGGAGCUUCAGUCGGAUUGGAACCCUUAAAAUACAUCAACGGACGCAUACAGGGGAGAAACCAUUUAAAUGUAUGGAGUGUGGAAAGAGCUUUAGUGAUAAUGGAAAACUUAAAGUACAUCAACGGACGCAUACAGGGGAGAAACCAUUUAAAUGCAUGGUGUGCGGAAUAAGCUCUAGUGAUGGUGGAAGCCUUAGAAAACAUCAACAGACUCAUACAGGAGAGAAACCAUUUAAAUGUAUGGAGUGUGGAAAGAGCUUCAGUUUCAAUACAAACCUUAGAACACAUCAACUGACUCACACAGGGGAGAAACCAUUUAAAUGCAUGGAGUGUGGAAAGAGCUUCAGUCAAAAUGCGCACCUAACUUUACACCAUCAAACUCAUACAGGUGAGAAACCAUUUAAAUGUAUGGAGUGUGGAAAGAGCUUCAUUCAGAUUGGAAACCUUAGAAUACAUCAACGGACUCAUACAGGAGAGAAACCAUUUAAAUGUAUGGAGUGUGGAAAGAGCUUCAGUAGCAAUCCAACCCUUAGAUCACAUCAACGGACACACACAGGCGAGGGAAAACCAUUUAAAUGCAUGGAGUGCGGAAAGAGCUUCAGUUACACAUCUACCCUUAGAACACAUCAACUGAUUCACACAAGGGAGAAACCAUUCAAAUGUAUGGAGUGCGGAAAGAAAUUCAGUUACACAUCAACGCUUAGAACACAUCAACGGACUCACACAGGUGUACAGAAAAUGCUUCAGUCAGUGCUGAAGUCUUAGAAAAUGUCAGCAGACAUACAGGAGAGAAACCAUUUAAAUGUAUGGUGUGUGGAAGGAGCUUCAGUCAGAGUGGAACCCUUGAUUUACGUCAACAAACUCAUUCAAAAGACAAACAUAUAAAUGUUGUGGUAUUUUAAGGUUGUGGGUCAUAAAAAACCUUUUGGCCCACGGAGUUUACUGCCGGCAGGAUAAUCAGCUCGAUUUACAACCUUGUCCGAUGUUUAUGGCUGCCCAGCACUCUUCCAAAUGCGCACAGCCAAACUUCAAUUCUCUUCAAACGUAGCAGAAUUCCAGCACAGCAAGGACGAUGGCAAUUGUCUGUGUCUCCAUUGUGGUGUCUCAAAUAACAACUGACACCAAUGCUUCUAUUCUAAUAAGUCUUUAUUUAGAAGCAUAAAGUAACAUGUCUGCAGCUCCUAUCUCUCUUACAGAAACGAAAACUAACUCUCUCAGACUCAGACUCCUACAUACUCUGACAGACUGAGACAGAACUGGAAAACAAAGGAGAAAAUGCCCGGAUAAUAUGGGCAGUCACCCAGAGAAUAAGAAAGCCCGCAGGAGUGUUUAACUCUGUCCUGUCUAGAACCCCAACAGGAUAGUACAGUAGAUAGAGAUUCAGUCCUAGUGGAAGUCCCACAUCAACAGACUCAUGGACAGGAAGAACUGUUAGAGUUGAAACCGUACAAACCAACAACAAACUCAAAGAGGAUAAGCAGCUUAAAUGGAAAGAUUGCAGAAAGUGCUUUACUUAUAAUGGAACAUCGAGGGGCUCUGAGGGAAGAACCCAUUUAGAUGUAUGGAGUGCGGAACGUGUUCUUCUGAAUCCACUCUUUUCUUCACAGCAAUGAACUCAGCAGGAAAUCAAUCUUAAAAGUGUGACAUGUAUGUGGAGUUCUGGUGUUUAUAUGUAAAAUUGUGUAGUAAUGAAAUAAUGAAGGAAAUGACUCACAAUAGGGAGUAAAAUCGAAGAUGUAAAGUACCAUUUGAUAGUGAGGGUGAAUCUGGAUUGCUGGUGGUGAGGAUUAGGGCUGGGAGAUAUAUUGUCCAAUACCAGUUUCUAGGCCACAUCGCAAUAACCUUUGAAAAACAAUUGAUAUGGCAAUACGCCGCGAAUCACAGUGUGUGUUUCUGGGAUGUGCAUUUGCCUGGAAGCAGCUGGCAGAAAGCUUUGCUUCGUGAAGCCCCUGAAGAUGCCAAGUUGCUGAGCUCCCGCCCAGACGACAGGAAGCGAAACACACACCUCCAUUGCCCUGUGUCGUCCCAGCCUCUCUCCUCCCUUGCUCCCUUCUGCCGGUGGGUGUGCCUGACUUAGAUAUCCUGUGGGGUGCUUUUUUUUUUUACUGCUGAAACUGGAUUUGCUCUCAGGAGCUAAGCUUUGUGCCUCACUUGGGGACCCAGUGAGAACGGUUUGCUUUGAAACCUCAGUAAACUCUUACUGAAGAAUU